AUGGAGAAGGAGAGUCUCCGGAACUACAUCAAACGCUUUACCUCGGCAACCCUAGAGGUCCCCACUACUAGUGACGAAGUCUUAAUGGCCUCCCUCUCACAAGGGCUAAGGGACGACGAAUUCUUUCGAGCCUUAGCACUAGAACCCUCUCCCGAUUUCGACAACUUGCUGGGAAGGGCAUCUAGGUUUAUUAACCUAGAAGAGGCCCGACAGCAGAACAUAGAAGAAUCCCCUCAAGCCUUAGGGGUGAGGACCAAUGAAACGAGGAAAGGUAAGGAGCCCGUCCCGCCACGAAGGGAUACGUCGUCCGGUCGAAGUAAUGCCCAAGACAUUAAAUGCCCCCGAUAUCAGUCAUAUCAGCCCCUCAUAGCUCCUUUAUCCAAUGUUCUGUGUACAAUUGAAAAGAGGAAUGACUUACGCUGGCCUCGUUUCGCCCGUGAAGAACCCCGCCGAAGUCCAGCAUUAGGCAACUUUUGUCGGUUCCAUAAUGAAUAUGGCCACACGACAGACGAAUGUUCAGAUUUAAAAGACAAGGUAGAACGUCUCAUCAGAGAUAACAAAAUCGGGGAUUUUGUAAAAAUAGACCCUCCCCGAGGGCGGAAACGCGAGGCCCAGUUCGGAAACCCGGCUCGGGUUCCUCCUCCGCCCCCGAUGCCAAAGCGAGGAUACAUUCAAAUGAUCUCGGGAGGACCCACGGGAGGAGACACCCAUCGAGCUAGACGACGUCACUUCGGCGAUAUUAAAAACAAUCAUGAGAUUUGCCAGAUCUCUGCAAUGGCGUGUCACAAAUACCCCGCCAUCUCGUUUGGACCAGAAGACGACGCAGACCUCGAUGAUUUCCAUUGUGAUCCUCUUCUCAUCACAAUUAAUGUGGGCGGAUAUGAUGUAGCUCGCGCCUUUGUCGACUCAAGGAGUUUUGUUGAUGUCAUAUCUUAUGAGUGUUUCCAGCAGAUGGAGCUCGACCUCCCAAUCUUCCCUGUCACUACCCCAAUAUUCGGGUUUACAGGAGGAUCUUUGGCACCAGUUGGACAGGUCAAGAUCCCCGUUACCAUUGGGACGCCACCCCGCACGCGUACACAAAUUGUCAAUUUCGUAAUCGUUUAA